GCCGCCGCCGCCGCCGCCGCCGCCGCCCCCUCCAUGGCCGCCGCUCUCGCCGGCUGCAUUGUGGGAAGCUGACCUCACUCGCUGCCGCCGCCCCGCCGGCUCCGCCGCUCGCCGCCAUGGGGGCCGUGACCGACGACGAGGUGAUCCGCAAGCGGCUGCUCAUCGACGGCGACGGGGCGGGCGACGACAGGCGCAUCAACCUGCUGGUGAAGAGCUUCAUCAAGUGGUGCCACGCCGGGUCCCAGGAGGAGGGUUACAGCCAGUACCAACGAAUGCUGAGCACGCUGUCACAGUGUGAGUUUUCAAUGGGAAAAACUCUUCUUGUGUAUGAUAUGAACCUGCGAGAAAUGGAGAAUUAUGAAAAAAUCUACAAAGAUAUAGAAAAUAGUAUAGCUGCAGCACACGAGAAGAUUUCUGAAUGCAAAAAGCAGAUUCUGCAAGCAAAAAGGAUUCGAAAAAAUCGCCAGGAAUAUGAUGCAUUGGCCAAAGUCAUACAACACCAUCCAGAUAGGCAUGAAACACUGAAGCAGCUAGAAGCUUUGGGGAAAGAGCUUCAACAUCUUUCUCACAUUAAAGAAAAUGUUGAAGAUAAGUUGGAGCUGAGAAGAAAACAGUUUCAUGUUCUUCUAAGCACCAUCCAUGAACUUCAGCAAACCCUGGAAAACGAUGAAAAACUUUCAGAAGCAGAAGAAUCUCAAGAAACUCAGAUGGAAACAGAGACCAAACAGUAGAUACACCUUACGCUUACUGAAGAUUGUACUGAAGAUUUGUGUUGAAACCAACAGUAAAAGAGCAGGAGGUGAAAACCAGAAUUUUCCACUGUUUCUGUGAAUUUAACCAGUGUAGGAAUUCUAAUUGGUAUUUUUAUACAAAAAUACUUGUUGUGCUUGUGCUCCAGGGGAAAACAGUUCCACAUCUGUGCAGGUGGGUACUUUGUGUUAAUCCACAAACUUUGUAAUACAUUACAAGAAAGAUGUUCUUGCUUUACAAAGGGUGAAUCUUCUGUACAGCUCUUGUAAACUAAGGUGUUUGCAAAACAUUGUCAAUAAAAGGUGUUUACAAAGUU